UGUUGUUAUACUUAUGCAAUAACUAUAUAAUUCCAUCAACAACAAAGAAUGACAUUGAAUGAGAGUUAGACAAGAGGAAAGGAGAGGCAGAGGAAGAGAUCGAUCGUGCUGUCGCCUGGCACUGCCUGGACACGAGGACCACCAAGGUGAAACUCCGUCGCCAUUUUAAACAAGGAGAGUUUGGCCUUUCUGAGUUCAAGAGAUAAGAUAUUACGUUAGAUUAUGUUUAUGGGAUUAAUUUUACCGAUCUCAACAUCGAUUAAAAGCAAGUUAAUGAACAUUCGACAAAUCAGUAUGACAACUAGCAUCAAUUGUGUGAAAUCUCUGAUGUACAAAGAGUACGGCGAACCCGCCGAUGUUCUUCAAGUAACUACACAAGAAAUUGAACAGCCAGCGAGCGAUCAGGUAUCUGUAAAAUGGUUAUUGGCCCCGAUAAAUCCAGCCGAUAUAAACACGAUACAAGGAAAAUACCCUAGCAGGCCGGCAUUGCCGGCAAUAGCAGGAAAUGAAGGUGUCGGUGAAAUAAUAGCGAUUGGCUCCAACGUAAAAGAUUUUUGUGUCGGAGACAGAGUGGUUCCAAAUGGACCCAAUUUUGGAACCUGGAGAACACAAGCUAAUUACAACUCUGAGAAUGUCAUGAAAAUUCCCAGUGAUUUGGAUUUAGUCAAAGCUAGUAUGCUGAAUGUAAAUCCAUGUACGGCGUAUAGAAUGCUGAAGGAUUUUGUUUCUCUGAAGCCGGGAGAUACUGUGAUACAAAACGGUGGUAAUUCCGCAGUUGGCCAACUGGUCAUACAAUUGUGCAAAAUAUGGAAUUACAAGUCUGUCAGUGUGGUUAGAGAUAGGCCAAAUAUACAGGAAUUAAAAGAUAGACUGGUAAGAUUGGGUGCUGAUGAAGUGUUGGUAGAGAGUGAAGUUCGGACUACACAGCUAUUCAAAAACAAACAAUUAUCUGAGCCUAAAUUAGCUCUUAAUUGUGUCUGUGGGCAAAGUGCAGUAGAAAUAAUGAGGCACCUCGCUCAUGGUGGUGUUAUGGUGACUUACGGUGCCAUGUCUAGAGAACCGAUAACCGUACCAGUAUCUGCGCUUAUUUUUAAAGAUAUAUCGUUGAAGGGAUUCUGGAUGACAGCCUGGACAAAUGCAAACCUGAAAUCUCAGGAGAGAACGGAUAUGUUUAAGGAGUUAGCGGCUCUCUUUAGAGAUAAGAAAUUGUGCUCGCCAGUUCAUAAACUAGUGCCUUUCUGCGACUAUAAAGAAGCCGUUUCUCAGGCACUUAAUUUCAACGGUCGAAAAGACACAAAAUACAUCUUAGACAUGACAAAAUCUUAAUAUCUUCAUUUUAUAUGUAUAAUUUAUUUUAUACAAGGUUGGGUAAGUUAAGUUUUUUUUUUAACUAAGGGUUGGGUAAGUUA